AUGGGGUUGGCGGGCACACGGACAAAGCAGCGGUUCGGCAACGACCCCCGCAACACCGCGUGGCUGAAUGACACCAACCGGUUUGGCAUGAAGUACAUGGAGCGCAUGGGGUGGAAACCGGGCCAGGGGAUCGGGCUCGUCCCCGGCGCUACCACCACCCAUAUCCGGGUGCUGAUUAAGGACGAUAACGUCGGUUUGGGGGCGAAACUCCGCAAGAAAAAGAAUGGCGGUGAUGGUUUAGACGAUGAUAGUGCUGGUCUUGAUGUUUUCCAACAGAUUUUGGGUCGUUUGAACGGUAAAGAGGACCAGAUCAAUAAGGAGAUGGACCGCCAGCGGAAGGAGAGAAUCAUCAAUGGGAAGUGGGGGAUGCAUUUUGUCAAAGGGGAUACGCUUAAACUGACGUGGGACGCUCAGUAUGGUCUGAAACUGAAGCUGACAGACGGCUCAGCCCUGUCCAAGAGAACCAGAGAAGACGAUGACGAUGAGGAUACCAAACCCAAGAAGAAAGAGAAGAAAGACAAGAAAGAAAAGAAGGAGAAGAAGGAGAAACUGAAGGAUAAAAAGGAAAAGAAGGAGAAGAAGGAAAAGAAGGAAAAGAAGGAGAAGAAGGAAAAGAAGGAAAAGAAGGAGAAGAAGGAAAAGAAGGAGAAGAAGGAAAAGAAGGAGAAGAAAGACAAGAAAGAGAAGUUGAAGGACAAAAAGGACAAAAAGGAAAAGCUGAAGAAGCUAGAGGAAACCCCCACGCCUCUGUCACGAGAGACGACGCCCCUCGCUGGUCGUCUUGGGGCAAGAUCAAAAUGGAUCGCGGCCAAGCGGGCAGCGGUGGCCGACGCCAAGGCGUUGGACGAGAUUUUCAUGGUGACUAGAUAA